AGCGCCUUCAGCUGCGCGCUUCGCCCUCAAACCGAUGACAGGAAGUCAAACGUGCCGAGCAGCAGAUGUUGCUGAGAGGAACUGACUGCAGAGUCUUUAACGCUGAUCGGUGUCAGCUGAUGGAGCUACUGAAACACACGAUAACACUCACGUCCAGAAGACUGCAGACGCCGCCAAGCGUCCCUCCUCAGUCUCGUCUCUGAGUGGGAUCGUGGGUAGGAUGAUGUCGGCUGGCGAGCGAGGAACGUCUUCGUCCUCCUGCACCUCCGUCAACACGGUGUGUUCGGACGGCGAGCGCCCCGUCUCCCUGUCCCUGUCCUCCUCCACCUCCUCUGUCUCGCUGCAGGAUGCCUCCUCCUCCUCUUCCUCCUCCUCUUCCUCUCUGCCAUACGGCGCCGUGCCGGCCUACAACGCCUCGUCCUCCACGCCCAAACGGAACGGCUCUGACAUCAGCCUGGACCUCACGCCGCUCGUAACUCCGCCCACUGGAGCGGCCGCGCCAGUCGGAGGCGGGGUUUCCAAGAUGGCGGCGGCAGGCCACGCCCACAACGAGCACACAGCCAAUCCGGUGGCGGCGCUGCCAGCAGGGGCCGCGCCCCGGCAGCUGUCCAGGCUGGACAGAGUCAUUCUGGAGAUCGUGGAGACGGAGCAGACCUACGUCAGGGAUUUAAAGAGCAUCGUGGAGGAUUACCUGGGCUGCAUCAUUGACUGCGGCGCCCUGCCGCUGAAACCAGAGCAGGUCAGCUUUCUGUUCUGCAACAUCGAGGAUAUCUACGAGUUCAACAGUGACCUCCUGGAGGAUUUGGAGCGCAGUCCUGACGCGGCGGCCAUCGCAGAGUGCUUUGUAGAGCGGAGUGAAGCCUUUGACAUCUACACGCUGUACUGCAUGAACUACCCAAACUCGGUGGCGGUCCUCAGGGACUGCAUGAAGAACGGCAGUCUGGUCCGGUUCUUCCAGGAGCGGCAGGCGACCCUGAACCACUCGUUGCCCCUGGAGACGUACCUGCUCAAACCCGUGCAGAGGAUCCUCAAGUACCACCUGCUGCUGCAGGAACUCUCCAAACACGUGGAUAAGAGCGACCCGGGCUACGAGGUGGUGGAGGACGCCAUCGUCACCAUGACGGCGGUGGCGUGGUACAUCAACGACAUGAAGAGGAAGCAGGAGCACGCCGUGCGGCUGCAGGAAAUCGAGUCCCUGCUGCUGAACUGGAGCGGGCCGGACCUGAGCGGGUUCGGAGAUCUGGUUCUGGAAGGUUCCUUCAAGGUCCAGAGGGUGAAGAAGGAGCGCGCCUUCUUCCUGUUCGACAAAAUGCUGCUGAUCGCCAAGAAGAGGCUGGAGCAGUUCGUCUACAGCACACACAUCUUCGUAAGGGACACACCUGUCCUCCUGUCUGUCCUCCUGUCCGUCCCCCUGACUGUCCCCCUGACUGUCCCCCUGUCUGUCCUCCUGACUGUCCCCCUGACUGCCCGGCAGGUCCUCGGAGACAACUUCUGCCAAUCUCCUCAGUUUGAUCAGGAGAGCCUGAAGAAGUCGUGCGCCUCGCCGCGUCUGGACGACCUUCACAGUUUCCAUCGAGGUCGGCGUCAGUCAGAACCACCAGAGCUGCUGCUGUACACACCAGAGAAAUCCAGGAAGGGUUUGCCUCUGCUGCUGGAGGGGACGCUGCCGUACCGCCGCACCCGGAGGCAGUCAGCAGGCGGGCAGCGAGGGGGAACUCUGCCCCGCGGACGGUCUGGGCUCUGCAGACAGCAGCAGCACUCUGGCUUCAUCCGUUAUAGAGGUGGAGACGGAGCGGAGAGAGCUGGAGGAGGUGAGGAGGGAGGGGUGGAGGUAUAG